AUAAAAUGGGGCAUUCCCGCUGCCACAGAGCACAAUCGAACUGCUUUACGACUCGCCGACAUGUUCAAGAAGGUAACUCUCUUCUGCCUGGCAACUUUGGCUGUGGCUCGGCCAGACAAGCCAGCUCCUCCUCCUCCUACAGGGUAUGGGUACUCCGCCCCUGCCCAGCCUAUCUCUUAUGCCCCACCUGCCCCAACUUACAGUGCCCCUGAACCAACUUACGGAGCCCCUGAACCAACUUACGGUGCCCCUGAGCCAACUUACGGUGCCCCUGAGCCAUCCUAUUCAGCUCCAGCUCCAACUUACGAGGAACCUCAGAAGGGAAUGCCCUUCGACUUCGACUUCGCCGUGAACGACCAGUACCAGGGCCUCGACUUCGCCCACGACUCCGAGUCCGACGGGAAUGUCGUCAACGGUCAGUACCGCGUCCUCCUCCCCGACGGUCGCACUCAGAUCGUCACCUACACCGCCGACAACUCCAACGGAUACCAGGCUGAGGUCACUUACGAGGGCGAGGCCCGGUACCCAGAGCCCCAGCCUAACAGUCCGGCCUCUGCUUAUUCGGCUCCUGCUCCUGCUUACUCAGCCCCUGCCCCAGCCCCCCAACCUUCCUACUCAGCCCCUUCGCCUACAUACGAACGGCCCAGCUCCCUCUACGGUGCUCCAAGAAAUUAAGAAAGCGAUAAUUCUCCGACGUAUAUAAAGAUGUAUAUUUAUGUAUCAUUAUAAAAAAUAAACAUGCAAUAAUAUACGAAUUACUAAAAAAGAAAA